UUUUGCAUAUUUGUGAACUCCCUACUCAUGUACCCUGAGCAGUCCUCUACAUCAUCAUUUAAUGUUUGUUGUCCAUGCAGGCAAACAGUCUGAUUUCACAUGGUGUCUAUGGCUGGAUGCCCUUUCUAACACCAACCACUCCAAGAGUGUAAUGCAUGCUUUUAAGUGCUACUGGCAUGGGUGCCAUUUACAUGACACCAGUAUCUGUCGCAACUGUAGUUUUGCUCGGCUUGAUGGGUCCUCUUCUCAAGCAUGACGUAAUGCCAAAGGUCUCGGUCAUUGCCUCCAUGAGGCUGAACACUUGAAGGGUGCUCAACCACUUUGCCUCUGUGAGGCCCAAUGUUCAAAAGGUGCCUUUUUGUGCCACUGGCACAGAUGCCAGUAGUGUGAUACCAGCAUCAGCUACAACUAUGAUCUCACUUGGCUUGACGGGUCCUCUCAAGCACAGCACAUUGCCAAUGGUCUAGGUCACUAGUCAUUGACUCCUUGAGGUCCAAAGUUCGAAGAUCAUGCAUCACCACCUUGUCCCAUGUCUUCCUGCGUCUCUACGAGUUGGGGGGAAAAAAAAACAACCCUCCCUAAGAAAAGAAAAAGCACCUUCAGUAAUUUCCAGUCUGUGCAUCUCUGCUACACACCAAAUUGAAGCAAAAAUAUAAUUAUAGAGCAGCGUCUUCUCAUCUGCCAUCAAGCUCCACUUACAAUAACCACCCUUGUGUACCCUUACAUCUCCCUCAUCACCCCUCCUACACUUUGCCUAUUAUCACCCUACCUUCUGAUCUAUCUUUCCUGAGCCACUUCUAUCUCUCUCACCUUACAUCUCUCCUUACUGAUAUUUGCCAUCAACUGCACCUUCACUCUUGUUCAUCAUUUUCUACAUUCACCUCUACUCCCAAUUCUAGCCAUUUGUUACUCUCCCCUCACACUCUUAUGUACCCACUCUCUUCUCUCCCCUAACCCAAUGUCCAUAUCCUCUCUUAUACUCACCUUCUUGUACCUUGGAGUGACCUCAAUAGCACUCUAUUACUACCAUCUUUAUGUCUUUUCCAAGCAUUCCCACCCACCCCUAUAUAAUGUUCAGUAGCCAUCAAUUUUCUCUAUAGUAAAACACCUGUGCUUGUCUCACUCUGAUAGUGAGACAAGCACUUUCAAUACCUGGUAUAAAGUUACCUCCCCAUUCAAAUACUCCUCACUACUUAGUAGUGAGAGCUUUUCCUUUUUCCAUCUUUUAUUUUUAUUUAUUUAUCUUUUUGUCUUGCAAAUUACUUGGCAAUCUCACUUGUGCUACUGGCACACACACAAAAACACCCAGUUCACACUGUAAAAUGGUUGACAUUAAGAAGGGCAUCCAGCUGUAGAAAAACAAUGUCAAAGUUGACACUGGAGCUUGGCAUUGUCCACUGGAUCCUGUCAAAUUGUCCAACACAUGCCAGCAUGGAAAAUAGAUGUUAAAUAGUGAUAACAAACCCAACUUAGUGUAUUUUACAAUAAUUAUAAUGAAAAAACAUUUGGUUUAAUUAUUCUGAGGAGGGUGGGGAUUUCCCGAGUAGGAGGAUCAAAAGCAUAGGGAAGUUUAAUGAUGCUAGUGUGAUUAAUACAAAGUUUAAAACGUUCAAGAUUAGUAUUUGAUGAAAGGGAAGGAGAUUCUCCUCUGAGCUGUUACUUGGAUUGAAACUUUAACUAUUGAUAAAAUACAGAUAGCACAGAUUUGCGAUAAUAUACAAAUAAAUCCCAGAAGAAAUUUAUUUUAAUACAAAUCGAUAAAAAUUAAUAUUGUUAAAAAAGAAAGGAAUCCAAAAGACUAUUGAAUAAUGAGAGUUUAUUAUAGAGAAGAUUGCUUUUAUGUAGGUGUGAUCUUCACACCAGUUGUUGUUUGACCAAUAUUGCUCAUGAUUAGGUAGAACUAGGUAAUUUAACUGUGAUCAUCUCAGUGUUCUCACUAGGCAAGACUUUGAAGAUUCUGCCAUGCCAUGCCAUGUGUUCUUUCUUUAAGAUGCAUGAUAUGAUUUCAGGAAGAUUUGGAUGCUUUUUCUAGCAGAUCAGAAAACUACACAGAGGCUUUCUUCAUGGUAUUUCUGAUAUGUUUGGUUCCCUCCAUUAAUUAGUUGUUUUUUAACUAAUAACGCGUCCUUAAAUAAUUCACCAGUCAACUGGAAAAAAAGACUUAGUCAAAUAACAUGCUUGACUAAUUGAGUCUUUGAAGUUAAACAGUGCAUGUAGGGAUGUGUAUAUAUAUAUAUAUUCAUUGAGUCAGUUCCAGAAUUAUUUUUGCUUUAAGCCUAUCUACAUUCAACUUGCUGCAAUAUGCUGAAACAAAUUGUGGUAUGUGUGUGUAACUCAGUGUUAGUUAUUAGCAUUGUCGUUCUAAUUCGCACGUUUACCUUCGAUAUAAGAAAUGACACUAUCAGUCCUUGUCAGCAAACAGAGGAACAUUUGAAGAUUGAUGUUGAAACAAAUCCACAAAAAAUAGACAUUUUUCGCCAAGCCCUAAGAUUUAAGACCAUUUCUUGGAGUCCUGGUGUUUAUGAUACUGAAGAACUGACUAAGUUCCGUCUUUUCAUCGAGCAAACCUAUCCAACUGUCCACAAGUCACCUUUUGUGAAAUAUGAAGUUGUAGCUAAUUACAGCAUGCUGUAUACUGUUGAAGGAAGUGAUAAAAAACUCUUACCCUAUUUGUUAACAUCACAUUUAGAUGUAGUUCCUGUUACAGAAGAAAACUGGAAAUUCGAUCCUUUUGCAGCUAAACUCUACCAGGGUUACAUUUAUGGUAGAGGUACUUUGGAUGUAAAAUGUAGUGUUAUAGGUAUCAUGGAGGCUUUGGAACAUGCUCUAAAAUCAGGUUUUAAACCCAAGAGAUCUUUCUUCAUUGCAUUUGGACAUGAUGAAGAGGUUACUGGCUAUGAUGGAGCAUAUCAUAUAGCUCAGACUCUUGAAAGUCGAGGUGUUCAGUUGGAAUAUCUAUUGGAUGAAGGCCUCGCAAUAGUCAAAGAUUUUUUUAAAGGUUUACAUCCAGUUGCCAUGAUUGGUGUUGUUGAAAAGGGUCAAGCAAUUGUGAAACUUUCUGUCAAUGGAACAGCUGGUCAUUCAGCAAUUCCUCCACCUGAAUCUGUCAUUGGCAUUUUGUCUACUGCUAUACGCAGAAUUGAAUCAAAUCCACAACCUGAUUUGUUUGGUACUGGAGCAGAACGAGCUAUGUUUGAACAUCUUGCUCCUAAGUUGCCUUUCCUACCUCGUAUGGUACUGUCCAAUCUUUGGUUAUUCAGACCUGUUGUGUCAUGGGUUUUGUCUCGCCAACCACAAACAAAUGCUCUUAUCAGGACUGUGAAUGCUGUAACCAAGUUUAAUGCUGGAAUAAAGGAUAAUGUGCUUUCUGACUCAGCUGAAGCUGUAAUUGAUUACCGCAUCCAUCCUUCACAGACACUUGAACAGCUAUUUGAUUUUCAUCUCAAAAUUAUCAAUGAUGAUAGGGUGAAAACUACCCUUAAGAACUACAUAGCACCUUCUCUUAUUUCACCUUAUGAUGAUGCUAGUUUUGGUUACCAUACAGUGAAAAACAGCAUCAGAGAAGUAUUCCUUGAUGUUCUAGUUGUGCCAGGUGUGACAGUUGGCAACACAGAUACUCACCACUAUAAACAUUUGACAAAAAGUAUCUAUCGAUUCACCCCAUCAGUUUUAACUCCAGAGUCUACAAAUAUGAUUCAUGGAGAUAAUGAAAAGAUAUCAAUAUGGAAUUAUGAAAAAGUUGUCAAUUUUUAUCAUCAUGUAAUUUUGAAUUCAGAUCGUGAUAAAAUGAAUUUUAUUAACAAACAUGUUGAAUUAUAACAAAACAUUUAUUUUUGAAGUGUUUCUUUGUAAUA